AUCCUGGCCCUUAUCUUUUCAAUUGGGAAGAAAAUCACUACUGGUUCACGAUUCUGAAAUUACAAAGAGGACUGAAAAACCAAAGUUUCAUAAACUUUGUCUCCAGAUGAAUUCAUCUGACUUGGCUAAGAGGCUUUGGCAUUCAUCCCACAGAAGUUUUGGACCAAUCGAGUACAAAGGCCCCAUGAGUGCUGUUUACAUUGAGAAGUUUGUCCGCCGGGUGAUGAAACCACUUCUCUACAUCCCAUCUCAAUCAGAAUUACUAGAUUUUCUCUCAAACUAUGAGCCUGGAGUACUCGGAUACUUUGAAUUCAGCGGCUCACCCCAGCCUCCUGGCUAUUUGACCUUCUUCACCUCAGCGUUAUAUUCAUUAAAGAAAGAUUACCUAGGAACAGUACGAUUUGGGGUUAUCACAAAUAAACAUCUUGCGAAACUGAUUUCCUUAGUACACUCUGGAAGUGUGUAUUUACAUAGACAUUUCAACACAUCACUUGUCUUUCCCAAGGAGGUCAUGAACUUCACAGCUGAGAACAUCUACAAGUGGGCUUCAGAAAACCGAGAGACACUCUUGCAAUGGCUGCAACCCCAUGGAGGCAAGAGUCUCCUGCUGAAUAACGAGCUGAAGAAGGGACCGGCGCUCUUCCUGUUCAUACCAUUCGACCCUUUGGCCGAGAGGCAUCCCUUAAUAGACGAGAUCACCGAAGUGGCCUUGGAGUACAACAACUGUCACAGGGACCAGGUGGUGGAGCACCUCCUUCAGCAUCUGCGGCAGGUGGAGGCACCGGCUUUGCAGUCCCUGGCGCCAGAGCCACCUUCACUGCUGCCGGGCACAUCGUUGAUGGCAGCAUUGCCCUGCUGCAACACUGUGGUGCUGCCCCAGGGGCACUCCUUUUCCAGGACCCACAACAUCUGUGAGCUGUGUGUCAACCAGACUGCCGGGGGCGUCCGGCUGAGCUCAGUGAGCGUGCCGCAGUGCAGCUUCUUCCACAUGGCAGCGGCUCUGGAUUCCUUCUACCUCAAGGAGCAGACCUUUUACCACAUGGCAUCGGACAGCGUGGAAUGCAGCAAUUUUUUAACUUCCUAUAGCCCUUUUAGCUAUUAUACUGCAUGUUGCAGGACCAUAAACAGGAGUGGGGUGAGCUUCAUUGAUUCUGAACAGAGUACCUUUGAAACCCCAGGCCCUGCGUUUUCUUCCCUGGAGAAGAAGUGCGAAGCUGCCACCCCCAGCUCUGUUCCUCACAUUGAGGAGAACAGGUAUCUCUUCCCUGAAAUGGGCAUGACCAGCACCACCUUCACAGGCCUGAGCUGCAGGACCAACAAGACCCUGAACAUCUACCUUUUGGAUUCCAAUUUAUUUUGGCUAUAUGCAGAGAGACUGGGUGCUCCAAGCUCCACCCAUGUGAAAGAAUUUGCCACAAUUGUAGAUGUGAAAGAAGAGUCUCACUAUAUCUUGGAUCCAAAACAAUCACUCAUGAAGUUCACCUUAGAAUCUUUUAUUCAAAACUUCAGCAUUCUCUAUAGUCCCCUGAAAAGGCAUCUCAUUGGAAGUGAUUCUGCCCAGUUCCCUUCUCAGCAUUUAAUCACUGAAGUAACAACUGAUACCUUUUGGGACGUCAUCCUUCAGAAACAGGACGUUUUGCUGCUCUAUUAUGCACAGUGGUGUGGCUUCUGUCCAUCCCUCAAUCACAUCUUCAUCCAGCUCGCUCGUCUCCUGCCAGUGGAUACAUUCACUGUGGCCAGGAUCGACGUGUCUCAGAAUGAUCUUCCUUGGGAAUUUAUGGUUGACCGGCUUCCUACCAUAUUGUUUUUUCCCUGCAACAGAAAGGACCGAAGUGUGAAGUACCCCGAAGACCUCCCCAUCACCCUUCCGAAUCUGCUGAGAUUCAUCCUGGGUCACUCAGACCGUGCCGUUGUCCCCACGGAUGUGGCCAGCGCCCCUCCCAGAGGCUGUGCCCAGAGUGAGGCAGCCUUACAGCAGGGGCACAUCGCCCACUUGGAGAGAGAGAUCCGGACACUGCGAGCAGAGUUACGCAGCCUGCACCGGGCGCAGGUGCAGGUGGAGGGGCAGCUGUCCAGUGCCCUCAGGGAUGAGCGCUGGCUACGGAGGCAGCAGCAGGCCCUGGAGCAGCAGCACAGCCUGCUGCGGCAGCACAGCGAACAACUGCAGGCCCUGUACGCGCAGAAGGCCCGGGAGCUGGAAGAGCUGGCGGACGCCUCGGAGACCCUCCUCACCGAGAAUGCGUGGCUCAAGAUCCUGGUGGCCACCAUGGAGAGGAAGCUGCAGGGCCAGGAGGGGGCGGAGGACCCGGCCCCACCGAGAGCGACACACCCUGACCACCCCGAGCCUGCAGGUGCCCCCCUGCUACCUGGCAGCAACCCCCCACCUUCCAUUGCCAGCUCCCCACUGGUAUCUGAGAGGAAGAAUGAGAACAGGACAGACUAACUCGAAAUAAUGAAGGAAUCAGAGGUGAAAACUACACUGGGAAUAUAUUUAUGCAAAUUUU